UGACUUUUAUAAUGGGUUUCAUCGCUGCCCCAUUGGUCGGCUUCAUAGCGGAAUGCUUGGGACCGCGACGGCUGCUCGUGAUUGUAACGUUUCCCUUCGUUGGACUUUGGCUCAUGAAGGCCUUCAGUCGUUACCUGUGGCUCCUUUACCUCGCGAGAGUUCUAAUGGCGAUCUGUGGCACGGUGAUGAACGUGGUUACGAACCCGUUGGUUGCAGAAUUAUACCCUGCCCGAAUCAGAGGCGUGGUUGCAGUGGUUCCAGAGGCGUUCGGCUGUGCAGGGUUAAUGCUGUCAUAUCUACUAGCUUUUUUGUUGCCUUGGAAAACGGCCACUAUGGUUUCUACUGCCCCCUCCUUGCUCUUGUCCUUUAUGAUGCUGCUUGUGCCAGAGUCCCCAUACUGGUUAGUGGGAAAGAAUAAGAUCGAAGCAGCUGAGAAAUCUCUACGGCUUCUUUUGGGUCGCGACGGCGAUGUGGCUGAAGAACUGAAGGCAAUAAGGAGCACGAUGACCCUCAGGCAGAACGGAGUCAAGUACCAGGCAAGGGAGCUUUGCAAAGCACACAACGCGAUUCCAGUGGUGCUCACACUAAGCAUAUUUAUCCUGAGAGAACUUGGCGGGAAAGGACCAGUAUUCGGUUACUCUGUGUACAUGUUCCGCAAUGCGGGAGUGCAACUCGAUGCCUUCUACUGCACGUUAUUUGUCGGUGUUGCUCGCUUUGCAAGCACGUGUGUGUCUGCUAGCUUUCUGGACUUGGUGGGACGUAAACCACUCCUUGUGGCAUCAACACUGGUCUGCGCAGCAUCGGAGGGCGUCGCCGGAGCCUUCCUGCUCCUGGAGGUUGAAGGGGCUACAUGGAUGCCCCUGGUGUCCAUGAUAGUCUUCGUGAUCGGCUAUGGCAUUGGUCUGGGACCCAUUCCGUGGGCAUAUCUCGGCGAACUCCUACCAACACCCGUCAGGUCUCUAGGAGCUUCAAUAAUCAACCUCGGUUUUUCUAUUACUCUGUUCACCGUAAGCUUCGUGUUCCUGAAGGUGAUAUCUUACCUGGGUCUCGGCCUGACGCUGCUUUUAUUCGGAGGCGCAAACCUGGCCAUCGUCCCGCUGGUGCUGCUCUUCAUUCCCGAGACGAAAGGACGAACUCUGCAAGACCUGGAGAAGGCCUUCACACCCAAUAAGAAAACCGUGCAAGCGGAAGACAACCCUGCAUUUGAAUCAGCGGAAGGCGAAGGAAAAACUUCUCUCGAAAAUAUCACUGCAAUAAAAUGAUAAUCUGAAAAUGGCAGUUAGAUCAUGUGGAAUACUUUCUGAUUUACAUUAUUCGGUUAGGAAAUACCUGUUUGGAUCUCCCCGACUUAGUAAUAUCAUUUUUGGAUUCCUUAACCUGUAGUUUUGAAGAAUGAAUUAGAUACUAACAACCAAAAGGAAUACAUUGCAAUUCAUCCUUUGGUUGGUUGCGCAAUAUCACGUACAUCGAGGGAAGGUCAGAUGGCGUAAUGUUAUGUCUAAGGAUCUCAUGGACACUUUAAAGCCUUCGACGGAAACUUCACCAUGUAGAUAUAUUAAGGGCGACUUAAUGAUAUUUC